AAAAAAAAAUGCUUGAUAUUUGUCUGACUACUAAAUUCAAAAUUAGACAUGAUAUACAAUAGAGAGAGACAUGGUUUUUCAUAUUAAACUAAUUGAACUUUUCUUUUUUUUUUAGUUCAACGCUUAUUAAGGUAUUUCAUUAAUUGCAAGAAUUAUCUGACUAAAUACAAAGUAAAUUUUAUUGUAAUCAAUAAUAACAAAUGAUACCAACUACUGAAAUGUUGUCAUCUUUUUAUAAUCAUUGAAUAGCCUAUACGGCAGGAUUUAAAUUAUAUAUACGCUAUGAGAUAUAAAUAAAUUUGAUCAGAUUGAGAUAUAAAUAUGUGAUAUACAUAUCUUAGUUCAAGAUCUUGACUUCAUAAUACUUAGUAAAGAUAUUGUUUUUCAAUGCUUAGAACUAAAUUAAGUUGAAUUAUUUAAAAAACUUUGAUUUUUAUGAGAAUGAAAUUUUCGAAUUUUUACCAUUAACUUAGUUUCUUACAUCGAUAACAAAAAUCUAACUUUAGUGAGUCUUUUUCGAUUCUUUACUUCAACUGAGGUCUUAUGAAUCUGUACAUAAAAUCUACGGGUUUCGAACGAAGAAAUUCUCAUCUGAAAAUGAACAUUCAGAAUCAAAAGGAAAAUAAAUAUUAGUUUUCCAAUUGAUAAUGAAGAACUAUUACCUAUUCUAGUAGAUUCAAUCGAGUUCAUAAUGGCAAUGGAAAUCAAUCAUCAGUAACUGAAACAAAUGAUAAACAAGAACUUGAUACAUCUAUUUCAAAGAAAAUCAGAGUUCAAUGGUCAUUAACAAGUCCAAUUAAGCAUACUCUUGUUCGUAAUAUUUGGGUUGCUCUUCUAAGUUUAUUAUUUUUAUCAACUUUAUUUAACAUAAUAACAUUAAGAUAUUAUGAUUUAUUUAAAAUUGAUAAAAUUAAUGAUGAAAAUGUAGGAACUUUAACUAUUGAUAUUAUUCAUUUACUAAAAAAAUGUGAAAAAGAUUUCGAUUAUCGAAAGGAAAAUUUAUCAUUUGCUCCUUUUGCAUUGAGUUUAGUAAUAAUAUUUUCUUGGUCAAUUAAACGAGAAAAACAAUAUUCAAAUAUAUGUUAUGGUAGACGUGGUUUAUUAACACCAAUUAAACCAUUUCAUACAGAAAAUCGUUUUACAACAGCAGCUGUUUUUGGAAUUAUUUUUUAUGCAAUAGUAAAAAUUUUUGAAGAAUUAUUUUUUGGUUCAUAUGAACUAUUAAAUCGUGGUGUAUUGAUUGAGUUAAUUAUAAGACUAGUAACUAGUAGUAUUGUCGGGUAUAGUGUCUUUUGAAAGAAAACAAAGCCUUAUUUUGAUUUGUUUACUUGUCUAGACUUUGAUAUUAUCCGGUACUUGCAUCUUUACAAUUACGAAAUAUUAUUGUUCGGUUUUUUGCUUGUGUAUAUGUACUCGGUGAUAUUGGAUAUACAAUUGUACGAGAAGGAUCAUGUAUGGGUUUUAUACCUCUACCAGGAUCUUAUUCAGUUCUUGAAGAAGCAAAACUUCGGGUGGUAUGUAAAUUAAGAACUUUUAUUUCAUAUGAAUAUAAGUAUUGAAGAAAAAAACAAACAUUGAAAAAAUUACUACGAAGCUUAGAUUGUAGUAAAAUUGAAAAGUUUCUGGCAUUCUUUUUGUCAAUCAAUAAAUAUAGAAGUUCGUAGAAUUGAACAAAUAAAACUUGGCAAAUCUAAUCUAUAUUUGGUUCAUAUCGAUUCUAGAAAACUGAGAUUUAUAAACGACUAAUGUUUAUUAGAAUUUUUUACAGUUAAAAAAGAACGUCAGUUGUGACAACAGUUUUGCAAUACUUUGUCUGUCAGAAAAUGUAGUAUCAUUCAAUAAAUAGAAGUGUUGAAUAAAAUUUGAAAAAUUCUGUUGAUUAUGUUUUAUUGGCGAAGUAUGUUGAUAUGCAUACAGAUAUGAAUAAUCAAUUAUUUAGAAAAUAUUAUAUUGUAUAAUAGUCUUACAUGCACUUUAUUAUUAAUAGAAAUAAAAUAUCUUAAAUAACUACUGAUUUCACUUUAUUAAUCAAUUGAUAUGUCCAAAUACAGGAAAAAAUCGAAUAUUAUUACAUCUAGGACAGCUCUAGCUCAUGAUAUCAGCUGAAAAACUGAUAAAAAACAUUAAUUCAUAAAAAAAAACUGUAUAAACAGUUCAUCUCACAUCAGAUCAACAAUUGUUACAAGAAAUUACUUCAUCUACCUAGAAAGAUCGAUUGGUUUUUUUUAAAAUCAGGAUGCUACUAGUAUUGCCAUGGCUACUGACAGCUUACCUGGAUUGAUUCCUGUAGUAUCCUGGCUUUAAAAAAAACUAAUCGAUCUUUCUAGGCGGAUGAAAUCGAUCAAGUGAUUUCUUGUAACAACUGUUGAUCUGAUGUAAGCUGAACUAUUCAUACAGUUUUUUUAUCAGCUUUUCACUUGAUAUCAUGAGUUAGAACCGUUUUAGGUGUAACAAUUUUUGAUUUGUACUUUAUUUGGACGUGUCAAUUGAUUAAUAAAGUGAAAUUAUUAAAUAUAUUUACAUAUACAUAUUUCAUUAUGCCUCUAUAGAGGAAAUUCAAAUAACAUGUAUAGAAAAGGUUAAGAUUAUCAAUUAUUUAUCAACUUUGAUGUUUCUGAAAGA